UCGAGGACAUUCAAACAAACCCCUUGGAACACAGACUCCGUCAAUCACCAUCUUGUAAUCGCCAGCCUCUCCUCGAUAUCCGCGCAUUGUUGUUCCUGUCGAACUCGCCGACAUGUCCGACUCACCGCGGGGAGGUCAUACUGACUCCAUCGACUCCCACGACUCGGCCCCGAACAAGCCGGACAAGAAGAAGAGCCGCCGCCCUGCGAACACGGCCUUUCGACAACAGCGACUCAAAGCCUGGCAGCCAAUUCUUACUCCAAAGACAGUCCUGCCUCUCUUCUUCGCCAUCGGCAUCAUAUUCGCUCCAAUCGGUGGCUUGCUGUUAUACGCCAGUUCCCAGGUGCAAGAGAUUCGCCUGGAUUACACCCGCUGCACGCUCGAUGCUCCGGACUUCAACAACGGCAAGGGCUUCGGCUCCAUGCCCAGCAGCGACAUAGAGACCCAAUUCAAGAGCUCCAACUCGUCGAUCGACGCGCAAUGGGCCGUCCAGUCCGGCAUCAACAUCACAGUCAACACGGGCGUCAAGGUGCCUGGCCAGCGAUGCUAUUUGAGAUUCAACAUCCCCGAGAGCAUGGGCCCGCCGGUCCUGUUCUACUACCAGCUCACCAACUUUUACCAAAACCAUCGUCGAUACGCUGAUUCGUUCGAUGUCGAACAGCUCAAGGGAACCAACCGCUCGUAUGGCGACAUCCACGGCUCAAAAUGCACCCCUCUGUAUGGUGACACCGUCGACGGCGUCAAGAAGCCGUACUAUCCGUGCGGACUUAUUGCCAACUCCAUGUUCAACGACUCCUUCACCAGCCCUGAGCUGUUGAACCCCCCCGGAGGCCGUGGCAACGAGACCCAGACAUACCUCAUGGCCAACAACACCAACAUCGCCUGGAGCAGUGACAGAGACCUGUACAACCCAACCAAGCAGGCGCCGAGCGACCUCUUGCCGCCCCCCAACUGGGCUCUGCGUUAUCCAAACGGCUAUACUGAGGCCAACCCUCCACCCAACCUCAAGGAGUGGGAGGCGUUCCAGGUCUGGAUGCGCACUGCCGGCUUGCCGACUUUCAGCAAGCUCUACCAGCGCAAUGACACCGUAGCGAUGGCUGAGGGACGCUACCAAAUCGUUAUUGAUGACUUUUUCCCCACAAUCGAGUAUAGAGGCAAGAAGUCCAUCAUCAUCACCACUCGCACCGUUGUGGGCGGUCGCAACAACUUCCUGGGCAUCGCCUACAUUGUUGUUGCUGGUCUGUGCAUUGUUCUCGGUGUCGUCUUCCUCGCAUCUCAUCUUAUCAAGCCAAGGAAACUCGGUGACCACACCUACCUGUCGUGGAACAACGUCCCUACAUCCAAGCCCGGCGGCAGCACUGCCAUGGCCUCGGGCCGCGAGAUCCGUCCCGGCGAGGCUUAGGCUACUCGCGACAGCUCCCGCGCCGUGCUCGGCAUGGCCUCGAUGCCUUCUGGUGGUGGCUCCAGCUCUCGCAUCUUCCUGGGGCCCAUGAGCCCGAGGUUUCACAGCAAAUUAUAUGACCGAUUGGGCCAUUCGCCUGCAUAGAAUCAAAAGAGAAAAAAAAAGAAGUCAAAAGCAGCGGGGACAAUGUGGCGCUGUAGAGAGAUAAAGGGUGCUCUACGCCCACCCCUCUCUUUUGUUAUAAUGCGCUUUUAUCGAUGUAAUGCCUUGUUUGUUCUCCCGUGCGCUGGCUGGCUUUUGUUUAACCCUGUUCUCGUUUCUUGUUAUCCCUUUUUGUUUUGUUUUUUUGGGUUGUCCAGGCCAGGUUGAACUUUGCCUUAUUCUUACUAUCCACGUUCUUUUUUUCUAGCUUACAAAACAAGGAGGAUGAUAAAACUCUGAAAGAGAAGAGGGGGGAGGCUAUCAAAGACACGAAGUUUGCGAGAGGGAAGCAGAAUUUGGGGGAAAACUUUGGGUGAGGUUUUUCCUACCCUCUCGAUAAAUUCGCUAGGGGGAGGUUUUUGCCUGUCGGAGUUGAGGAGUUUGAAACCGUUGUUUUUAUUUUUAUCACACAUUUUUUAAAGUUUUGUUUCCCCUCCAGUGUCCUGUGCUUCUUGUUUUUUAAAUGCUGGGAAGGGGCUAUUGAUAGAAAAAUGUAGCAUCUUUGUUACCAACUCAGCAGAUCUAAACUCC